AUGAAGUUCUCUAUUGCUGCUAUUGCCGGUUUGGCCGGUGCCGUCACCGCCACUCUCCCUGCUGCCUUCACCCUCGUCUCCGAUGCCGGCAAGACCGUUCUCACUGAUGGCCAGAACCUCUGGAUCGGCGGCAACACCACCACCCAAGAGGUUGCCAUCCUCCGCAGCAGCAGCUAUGGCGAUGUAUCCUUCACAUCCAAGUCCGAGACCCCAACUGGAUUCCAGACCCUCUACAUGAUCCCCAACGAGGUCGAGCCUAUUGUCUUCACAGUCCCUCACUCCGGAGCUAUGCCUCAGGGUGCCAACAUGACUGGUUUCGGAGCCAACGCGAAGGGCCUGUUCACCCACGGCGGAAAGGCUUGGUUCGCUGUUGAUGGAUACGGCGAUCAGGACGCCAAGGAGAUCUUCUGGUACGGCGCUCACAACGCCGAGUACGAGAGUGCCAAUCUCUAUGUCAAGGAGUGCAAGGGCUGCUAA